UCGUCGUUUGGAAAAGACGUAACGAAACGAGUGUGUUUUAACGAAAUAAGGAACUAUUGACUGUUUUUGUUGUGUUGCUAGCUGCAUUUAAUAGUGCGUAUAACUGUGUGUGUUCUGAGUCAUAACAUUCCCCAAUGAACAGGAAGUGAUAAGCGAAAAAGAGGGGAAUUACGUACAAUAGUCUACAGAAUCCGUGUGGAUGUGGUUUGUUAUGAAUACAUAGUCGAAAUAAAUAUAGAUUAUACAAUCACGGUAAAAUUGUUACUAAUUCGAAUGCAGAUUGUUUUGUAAAGUGCUUCGCGUUGUGUACUGUGCUAUACUCUAGCUGAAAGUGGAACAUAUUUGGAUAAAAGUUUUCAAUUCAACUCACAAAAGACAAGGGAUGAUGAUAAACCAAAAGGGGCUGUAGUUGUUCCGUGAGCUGACUAACGCACUCUGGAUGUGCUCAAACAUGCUCAUCGCUAACCCAAUUCUAAACGACACGUAGAAAUGACGAAUAUCUAGUGGCUAUGGAAAAUGUCGGAACUGUAAAUAGGCCAACGACAUUUUGCUCUUGCUUCGAUGAACGACAACAUCGAUAUGCACUCAUCAGCGUACAUGGAAAACAACAACCGGAUGUCGAAUGAAUGAUGGGAGGCAUAGUUUGCAUUGAAUUCGGCGGAAGAUUCGGUUAAUUGACUCAUACAGUAAGCCGUGGGGGGAGUGGUGGCCAAGUGGUUUGAUGUAUGUUUGCAACCAGCAGUGCAAUCCGUGUAUCAAACAUAUCUGUAGAUAAACGAAAGCUGGAAACUGUUACGUUGACCACUGAACAAAAUGGCUCAACGAAUGAAGCUCAACUUAUUCCUAAAUGUAGCCUUUCUUCUCCUGGCUAAUUCCUUAGGAGAAAACACCACAACGAUACCGGCCUCGACAACUAUAAGCACAUUUGAUACAACUCAAACGACCAUAGCACAAAUACUAUCGUCGUCCUUUCAACAGCAACAACUGGCUUCUAUAUCAACUCAGUCCUUUCCCAGCUAUGCUAGCACCGAAGCUCAAACCUUAUCAGCCGGAGCAACCUCAACGCCCAGCAUAGCUGCGACUCCGAUGUACGCAUUGUCUACAUCGUCGCCUCUAUACAUAUCAAACUACUCUACAAUAUCGCAGCUGCCGACGUAUCCGUCUCUGGCAAUGACGACUAAACAGGAUUUGUUGGAUCCGAUACCAGUAGAUGUUGAAAUUGGUCCUGGAGGGCCUGAUCAAAAAGAAAGUCUCGGCAUACAGAAAGCGAUUGACUGGUUACGCGAAAGACGAUUGCCAGACUACAGUUGGGGAAACGAUACGCACAUGGUUAUUCUAGCGAAAGAAUUGUCCGGAGCCCGUGACACAGGGGAUAAUGACAAUCACUUACAAGAAAUAGCCGACUUGGAAGAUAUGUUGUCUGUUAAACAGAUGGAAAUCGAGGUAUUAACUAUGGUAGAUCGACAUCAUUCAAUGCCGAAACCUGUGAAUACUGAUAGAGUGGCAAAGUAUAUCCUGGCAAUGGGAGCUCUAUGUAAAGACGGGCGUCAUUUUCAUGGCCACGAUCUAGUAGCCACUUUAGAGCAUCACGAGCAUGAUCAAGGACAGGAAUAUGAAUUUGCAUUAACUGCUUUAGCCAUAUGUAGCUCAGCUACCCAUGUACGUAAAAGACAGAUUCGACGUCUCCUGGAUGUUGCCAGUGGCGAGGUUAACAAUGUGGACACAAUCGCCAUGGUCCUGUUAGCACUGCGUUGCAUAGUAACCGAUCAUCGCCACCGACAUUUACAACAUUUUGUACGACGACCCGCACAAGGUUUGGCCAGCCUACAAGGACCUCAAGGUAGUUUCGGUUCGUUACGAAGUACUGCUCUGGCAAUGCAAGCUCUUCAAGAUCUCGAACCAGAUCCGGCUGGAAAGUGGAACAGAACAGCUGCUUCAGAGUGGUUACUUUCGAAGCAACGUUCUGAUGGUGGUUGGACUGAAGAACCUCUGAAGGAUGGACAAGAAGCAUCUAUUGGAGUUGGGUUAACAGCAGACAUCAUUCUCGCUUUAGGAUGGAAAGGAUUGGGCGCAGUACGUGCUUUGCAGUGUGACCACGUGAUACGAGAAUCAAAUGACAACGUUUACGAGAACGGAGAACCUAAACUGGCCGUUCCUGUUGGUUUGACAUCGUCUGUGGAGGAAGCCGAACCGCGGAAUGUUUCCUACACCUACACGCUAUGGGUGGGUACCAACGAAACCGAGGAGUAUUGCUUGGAUCUAACAUCCCCAAAAAAUACCACCUUUUUCCGGGCGAUGAAACAGGCAGCUGAAAUAGAUUCCAGAUUUGCUUUCGAGGCACGGGAAUGGCCUAACGGGCAUUAUGUUCACACACUCGCAGGCAUGAAAGAAGAACCGAAAAGCUAUCACUACUGGCUGUUGUAUCGAUUACCCGAGAAACCGGACGCGAAAAGUCCACCCGGUAAUCAGUUGAUUGCACCGUUAGGUGUGGACGAGCUUCUAGUCGAGGACGGCGAGCAUUACCUCUACUGGUAUAAAAAACUUUAAAGCGCUGUCUCAAAGCUUGCCGGAAGCGGUACCACCUCCGGACUGGUCCACAUGGAACUAUAUAUUUAUCCCGAAGCAACAAAAAUGCAAAGAAAGUGCUAGGGCGGAUGUAUUCUUAAUUACAAAAAAACGGAAAUUCUCUAUUCAGGGAGACUAAAAGUAGCAUGCUUGCAAAAAAUGCUGAAUGAACAAGGCAGAAGAAACAAUGGUAUUAGGGAACACAGUUGAGAUAUGCUUGAGCGAUAAAAAGAGUGAAUGAAAAGCGAAAACCAUCGUUAACGGUCCAGUAGAAAAUAUUUCUUAAACACCAGCUUUCUACAACAAAGCAGACAGGCGUAUGCAUUUAAAUAUAUGAGGAGAGAGGUUAAAUUCCAAUCCUACUACUCGAUAACUAAAAGAAAGCUGAUGAUGCCAUACGACAUAAUGAGAGAGGGGUGAUAAUUAUUUAAAACAAAUUUUUAACACGCUCAUAACCAUCAAGAGUUACGGUACUUUUGCUCAGACCUAGAAGCAAACGUUAAGUGCUAAGCUUCUAUUUCCGUUCGUCGCCCAUAGACAACUACGAACAAUUAAUCAAUAAAAGGCUCAAAUUUAAAACUUUCCGAGUUGUAUGUAUACGAACAUAAACGUCAUAAAAGUUCAAAAUGCAAUAAUAUCAGAUAUUGAACAGAAAUGUCCAAGUCUAAUUAUAACUGAUCAAUCAACAUCAAUUGAAUCGAACUUACAACUCAUAAUAACCUAUGAUGCAGAUUUUGUUUUAUCAAAUCUCCUAAAUAUAUUUUUGCUGCGAUAACAUAAUCUAAAAUGAUCUUCAGGAAGCCUCAAACAAAAUUGCUGUAUUUCGAAUUUAAUAUUCUUAGAACACUCAACAUAUUGCCCUGCACGUAUUGUUUUUCGUUGUUAGGCUUUAAUCAUUAUACUUCAAAUAUGAAUUAUGAAAUUUCUGUUUCAUAAAAGAACUGACUAUUUUUAGGCAAGCAGACUAUAUAAAGAAUAGUCUUAUUUAUCUACAGUUCUGUAUAAAAUGUUCAAAACGACGUAUGUAACAAUGAGAGAUUCUCUUUGUUUACUAUCUCUUUUGAUUAUUACGGCACUCCUAGCAAUCCUCUCCAAUUAUUUACCGAUAAUAAUAGCGGCCCUUACACGAUCAUUAAAAGUGUCAUUACUAAGUAAUGACACUUCUGCUCAAACGCUCGUCAUUACUGCAUUACUGUACAUCAUUACUUUUUAGCAUUACACGUUCAUUAUUAACACUCCAAAUACCAAGCCUCAAAAAAAGUUGGAACGGUAACUUUGAGCUGUCAUAGCUCAGCUGUUUUUCAACGAAUCUCAAUAAAUUUUACACCCUCGAAUUUUGUGAAGUUCGUAGAUUGAUUCCAAAACUUUGUAGCAGACGAUUGGUAAAGGAAAACCAAUGAAAAUUUGAUUUUUUCCGUUCCAAGUUUUUUUCACGCGCCUAAUAUGCCCUAUCUGCUUUCCAAUUUUCUUUCCUUGGGCAAAAACGUCGCAUAGAAAAUAUUGAAUACUUCAACCUUACUGCAUCAUAACUUUGUUGUUAGUCAAUCGAUAUUCAAAAUUUGUUCACCAUUGGAAAGGUACUACUUCCACAAAUAAAAUGCACUGAAAAAAACUAAAAAUACGGUUGUCUACCCAAAGUUAUAAUGAAAACUGUAGAUAGAUGACCUAAGAAAAGAUGAGACUUUUUACAAUGAUCGUAAAUAUCUCGAAAUUCAAAGCGAUGACCCAUAUAUUUUUACACAUCAUUCGAUUGCUAGUGCUACCAGGUACAAUUUUCGCUCAACUACCAUUCCUGCACAAUCAUGAGAAAACAUUAAAAAAUCGAUGAAUUUUUAAAUAUAUAUGAAUUUUUCAUUUUUUUUUUCACAUGUUUGUAUAUAACUCAAAAAUUAAAGCGAUGACAUGUACAUUUUUUUGAUUCAGAAUAUUGGAAUCAUUACCAGAAACAAUGUAUUGAUGAUCAAAAUUAUAUAUCCGUUCAAAGAAUCUCAAGAAAUUUGGUACAAAUACAGAGAAUUUCUAUUAUUGGGAAAAUUUUGCCAAAAAAAAACAAAUCAAAACUUUGAAAUUUUAUGACAUAUAUUUUUUUAUUAUUUUAGUUGGGAAUUUAUUAUGAACAAACAAAAAACUGAAACUUGGAUUUCACUGAAAAUCUUAAAAAUUUUGGUAAAUAUACCCAAACUCUAAAAAUAAUAAUGUUUUUGUAUUGGACAAACGAUCUAAACAAUUUUUAUGCACAACCCAAACGGAAUUGUUAACUACUAAAAAUAGUUUUUUUUUUGUUUUAGGUUUUCCGUAAAAUCUCAAAAAAUCGGUAGAAGAUCGGAAAUUUCAAAAUUUCUGAUAUAUAUUGCGUUCCAACGUUUCUGCAAAUCAAAGUGAAAAUAUUGGAAUCCGUUUUGAUUUUAUCUGUUUCAAAGAGACGUAGAAUUUGUUGCUAUUAAUAAAAUAAAUUUUGUGACAACACGAAAAUUUUAAAUUAUUUCAAUGGCUUUGUACAAUAAGAAAUAGAACGUAAAAAUAUAUGAAUUUCAUAUACUAAUCCAUGGCAAAAGAAACCAACGACAAUUAAAAACAAAUUAUUGCUUGAUUUUUGUUUUACAAGCAAUUAAGAACAAAAACAUAUAUCUUAAAUUUUCCGCUAUCCUAAACAACAUCAAUUAUAAUCGAUAGAAUAUUAAAAUUUAAAUAUCACAAACUUAGAAUUUUUUUCGAAAUGUAUGGAAUUCGAAAAUUAUUUGAAUUUUCUAUAAGUAAACAAUUCAGAAAAAGUAGAAUUCUGAAUUUAGCACAAAAAAAUCACACGAAAUUGAGUAAAACUUGUUCAUAUCCACCUCAUUGUGUAAUGAUGCCUUUCUCAUAUCUCUCUUAUUCUCAUAUAAAAAAUGUAUUCUUCAAACAGUUUUGUUUGAUUUUUUAAAAACAUGAAAGCUAGUGCAUGAACUAGUGUAACCUACAAAUUGAAACAGUUCUCAAAUCGGUUAGGCCAUCUUUCUCAGUGAAGUGAGUUCCACUAUUUCAGGCACUUAUGAAACUGGAAUCGCCCCGAAUAUUAGCUUUGCAGCAGCCUUUGCAAUUAGCACCAACCAACUAAUCUAUUUGCAGCUUACAGUUGUCUUCGUCUCGAAAAACAACCUCUUCGUUUGAAUGCUUUUUACUGAAUGAAACCAUGCACCUAUGUUAUCAGAACUAAUUGGCUCAAGUGGCAUGUUCCCCUAGUUAUUUGGAGAUUCGUGCCUUGCGUAGCUUCUCAUCAACUUCCUGAUGGGAAGGGAAGGAUAAAAGGAACAUGGAAGGGAAUUGAGAAUUGGGUGAGGUGGGAAAACAGCACAAAACAUAAAAAAAUAAGUCGUCCUGCAUCCCCGAAAGGAUGCUGAACGAUCUGCAGGUGCCAAAAUGCACGGUUGAUAAAACCUCCAACCACCGAGAGGCGUUAGAGAUUUUACAAAAGCGACACCAUUCUGCAUUCUCCGAAGAAUGCAGAACGAUUUCUUCCCGAAUAUGCACUUGAAUUAAUUUGACACUUUAGAAGACAAAAAUACCUUGUUUUCAUAUAUAGCUAAUAAAUUACUUACAUGAUACGAAUAUUUUUCAAUGAAAAAACCCAAUGUUUGAACAUAAUUUUAAAAAAAUAAAAAAAUAUUUCCUCCGCCUUUUUUUAUAAACAUGCUCGAAAAUAUUUUCUGUCAAAUACAAGAAACGCAUUUUUUUCGUUUGCCUAAAUGUUAGAUAUAGCAGUUUAAAAAUAACCUGUUUUUGAACUAGUUUUGCUCAUAACUUCGAUUCAGAAAACGCUACCUGAAUAUGCCAGUCAUUAAAAAAUUGGUUUUAACAAACUCUAAAAGAUGUUCAAAGAUACCUAUACGAAAAGAGAAAAAUAUAAAUGCUAGAGCAAAAAAUCUGAUUUUUUGAGGAACACCCUAAGUUGCUCUUUAAAAAUCACUGUAACACUAAAACCGUUGCAGAUACUACUAUGGUGUCCUCAGCAAAGCUGCUCGAUAUAAGUUUAUCUACGAUUUAGCCGAGAAAUGCAGUCUAUCUAUGCAGUCUAUGCAGUCUAUAGUCUCUAUCUACAUCCGAAAAAAAAUAAGUUUUGGAUCACCUUAAUAAUAAGAGCCACCCUAAUACCAUGUACAUCGACAUAAGGCUUAUCUUCACUGAUCAUUUGUUUUGAAGACAUCAUAGCUCUAUAGUAUAAGGUUAAGCCACAAAUGUUUUUGUCCCCCUAAAUUGUGAAUCCGGACCACUGUGCAAUGCAAUUUAACUCGGAAAUUUUAAAAUUUCCGAUCUUUUACCUAUUUUUUGAGAUUCUGCGGCAAACCCACAACAAAAUCAGAAUUUUAGUAGUUAUCAAAUGCGUUCGGGUUGUGCAUAAAAAUUGUUUAGAUCGUUUGUCCAAUAUAAAAAAGAGUUUUAGGUUAUUUACUAAAAAUUUUAAAAUUUUCAGUGAAAUCCAAGUUUCAGUUUUUUUUUUGUAAAUUUUGUUUAUAAUGAAUUUUCAACUAAAAUAAUAAAAAAAUAUUUGUCAUAAAAUUUCAAAGUUUUGAUUUCAUGUUGUUUGGCAAAUUUUUCCCAAUAACACAAAUUCUCUGUAUUUGUACCAAAUUUCUUGAGAUUCUUUGAACGGAUAUAUAAUUUUGAUCAUCAAUACAUUGUUUUUGGUAAUGAUUUCAAUAUUUCGAAUCAAAAAAAUGUACAUGUCAUCGCUUUAAUUUUUGAGUUAUAUACAAACAUGUGAAAAAAAAUGAAAAAUUCAGAUAUAUUUAAAAAUUCAUCGAUUGUUUAAUGUUUCCUUUUGAUUGUGCAGGAAUGGUAAUUGAGCGAAAAUUGUAGCUGGUAUCACUAGCAAUCGAAUGAUGUAUAAAAAUAUAUAGGUCAUCGCUUUAAAUUUCGAGAUAUUUACGAUCAUUGUAAAAAGUCUCAUCUUUUCUUAGGUCACUUAUCUACAGUUCUCAUUAUAACUUUGGGUAGACAACCCUAUUUUACGUUUUUUUCAGUGCAUUUUAUUUCUGGAACUAUUACCUUUCCAAUGGUGAACAAAUUUUGAAGAUCGGUUGACUAACAACAAAGUUAUGACUCGGUAAAGUUGAAGUUCUCAAUAUCCGAUUCGCGAUACAGGUGCCGCAUGAAUGCAGAUAGGGCACGUUUUGAGCUCGAAAAAAAACUUGGAACGGAAAAACCUGAUUUUCAUUAGUUUUUCCUAAAAGAUUGCCAAUAAUGAUAUACUUAAAAUAAUCUACAAACUUCACAAAAUUCGAGGGUGAAAAAUUUAUCGAAAUUGGUCAAGUAACAACUGAGCUAUGAUAGCUCAAAGUUACCGUUCCAACUUUUUUUGAGGCUUGGUGCUUCGCGUAACUUUUUUAGGCUUGGUAUUAGGAGUGUUAAUGAUGAGCAUUUGUAACUACUCCAGCAAUAGCAAUAGCAAUAUUUUUAUUUUCGUUUAGCUGAAAAUAAAUUUGAUUUGCCAUUGAAACGUUAAGGUUAAUGAAAUAUUAACAAUUUAAAUCUACACUUUGUCAUUUUUUUCGCGUAUAGCUCUAAAGAUAUUCAGCACUUCCACAAAAAAAAUAAGAAGAAGAAAUACUGUUGGUAAUGAUGGAAAAUCCGGAAUUCCAUCAUUACUCGUGUCAUUACUGAACUCGUAGACCUUACACGAUCAUUAAAAGUGCCAUUACUUUUUAGUAAUGACACUUUUAAUGAUCGUGUAAGGGCCGCUAAUAACUAAAGCUAUCAUCUUUUAGCCUGCUCUGAAGAAAUUACCGAAAAAAGCAGGAAUAUUUCGCAAUAAUCAAAAGAGAAAGUAAGCAAAGAGAAUCUCUCAUUGUUACAUACACAGAAUGAAAAGAUGAAACUUACACGACAUGUAAACCAAUAGUACUAUUAAAUAAACAUCAGUUGAAACGAAAAUCCGAUUUAAAACCAUGAUUGAUGUAAAAUUACAUUGAAAUGCAUUUACUUUUUCAUUGAAUAAGACUGUAUAUUUACAAAUCGCUUAGUUUUGUAAUGUAACUUUCCAUUCAAUUACCUGCUCCAAAUAUGUGCAUGAAAAUAAAUGUAAAUUCACAAAAUAUUUUUAUCUGUGUACGUCGUUUUGAACAUUUUAUACAGAGUUGACAUUUCAUGCCUCAGAUUGCCAGACUUUGCACUUGAUAUUUUGUUAUCACUCGCUUCAGAUUCAAAAUUUAUUCAAUUGUGAAGAUUUAUGAUUACAUGGACGAUGAAAAAUAUGCGAGUAAAUUCUAUGUGUCAUGUUUGUACGUCAGUGACCAUACUAAGGUAACGGUACGCCCAUUCAUCUCGGCUCCACCAAUCAUCUCAUAUUACAAAAUACUUGGUUAGAGGGAGAUCGGCUAUCUCUGUUCGAUGCAUUGGCUCAAAGGGUAAGAUGAAAAUUGGUUCAUUUACUUCUUCGCGUCGCUAUAUUAACAGAAUUACACAUUUGUCUAAUUUUAUAACUGCAAUGGUCAAUCCGUUUUAAAGAUAAACUGGAAAUUUUAAAUCCAGAAUGAAAACGAAAUACGUCUAUCACGACACCAGUGGAUAGGUGUUUUUAAUACCUAUCAAUCGUCACUGAAACCAAGUGUGUAGGACAACUGAAUCAAAAGUGAUUGGCCAUUUAUUACAUACAGAUAAGCGCAUUAUUACAAAACCCUUAAAAUUGAAUAUCUCAGAAACGUUGCGUUGCGACGAAAUGUUAUUUGGAUUUUUCUUGUUUUUGCCUUCUCUAUUAACCCUUAAGAGUCGGAAAACUUAAGGGGGAACAUCCUAUACAGUUGGACAUAAUGUUUGUGGUAUAUUCUGUGCGAGCUAUUCUUAUUAUGGAUGUUUGGAAUCGAUUUGAAAUGCAAGAUGGCGUCUUCCGAUUUAUCAAUAUGUCUUCAAAAACUUGUAUGUUACUAACCUGUAAAAUGUAUUUUCGGAACGAAUUUGGUUAUAGAAAAGGUUGUUUGGAGUCGGUUAAAUAUAAAAUAUGUUGACUUCCGGGUUUUCGACACUGACUGACAAACGCCAUUUAGUGCGAAAAUUUUCAACUACUGUUUCACUAUUCCACUAACUUGAGCUCUUAAACAUUCUUUCCGUGAAUACCGACAUUCUAUAUCAUCAGGUUUUAGAUAAGCAUAAUCUUCUGUCUAUCAUAAACCAGUGCCGAUCGGUGGGUGAGUUCUUAACUAAUAUGUCAGUGGUAAUAUGACAUCCUAAACCACUUUCAAGAAGACUAAACCGUUAUAAAUCUUUUAGGUAUUGAUAAUCACAUCGAUAUCAAAAAAAUAUUCCUCAUCUUAUAGUGCCAUUCCGAAUGAAUACUUCCACCUUUAGGAAAACUUUAAGUCUUUAGAAACUUGUUUGAAAGACGCAUUCUUGCAAGCGCUAAACUUUUCUUAAUACCUACUUCACAUUUAAAAAAUGAAUUACUUCAAGCUCUUUUCAGAGCGCUGGUGGAGUUUUUCCCAACUAAUUACAUAUCGAACGGAUUUUGCCUCGUCUCCAUAUCAUCUGUGCGUACCGGAAUAAGAGCAAAGAUUAGUGCAUUUGGCGAUAUAUUGAGUGUUCCGAUAUAUCGUAUUAUUCGUAGGUACGAAAAAGAAAGACGGCACAUAAUAAUUUUCCAAGCAACUUGAACUGACAUUCGGUUAUGUGAAACCUACGUCUAAUAGUAUUUCCAAUUAUGUAUGUCUUUUGAUUUUUGGAUAUGUUUUACAAUACAGUGAAAUUUACUUACAUCAUAAAUGGUGCUUCUAAAUCCUAGUAGACACAAUAAACAGACACCCAAAGGAACGAUCGAUGUAUCCGUUCGAAAUUUAUUGCUUUCAUCAGCAUUCAUCCCUAUUUACGCAACAAUUUUGUAUGGAAGCUACAUAAUUGCAUAUUUAGAAUUGUGUCCAUCAAGAGUCUGGUCGUUACAUUUUUUAAAUAUGAUAAAAGUAUGAAAUAAUGAAUGUUCGGAACAAUCUCUCUGUAAUAAGUUGAAUUACCAAUACAUAAUUGAAACAGUUUUCAGUAUGGUAGCUUGAAUUAAAUUUGAAACAGGUUUCAAAAACCAAUACACAAGAGCUCAUAAGCGAUUGUUGGGCUACUCAAAGCAUCUCUAUAGGCGAAUUGCUACUUGAUGAUCACUUUGUCAAAUAACCCAUUUUUAACCUAACAUACGAUGUAAUGCUUUGAGAAGAGAUAGCUAAGCUCGUUUUAAUUAAUGGGUUUAAAUGGGUAAUAGUCAGAUUAUGGGAUAAAAAAUAAGAUAAACGAGUUAAAAUGAAUAUGGGUACUCUACAUUGUGGAACAUAUCUGAAAAUCAACUGCCGAAGCUGUUGGCAGAUAAACCAAGAGGCGUGUUUUUAUCUAAAUAACCACAUUCAAAUUACUAUCAAACAUUACUGAUGUAUUCAGAAAGGUGUUCUAUAUUAUUAGCAUGCAAAAAUAGUAUGGCUCUAGAUCAAUCAUCAUCAUAGAUGCAUCAUAAACAAUUGGCAAAGUAUAAAUUGUUGAUUUUUUCCAAGACCGUUUUUGUUCGUUUGGGACCACUGUGUAUCGAUUGAUUUUUUACAACAUAAAAUGUACACCGAAUGCAGUAUUUUAAAUGUCAUCUUUUAAUAAGAUAAACUCGAAUGUUCUUACAAACAAAACCAUUCUCGACUGUCACUGAUUGAAAAAAGUGAAUUGAAAAAUAAAUAAAUGUACACAUUCUGAUAACAGUUACACUGUGAUUGAAGGAAAUUUAUUUUUAAGCAUCAAUGAAGACAAUAAUGUAUGCAUUGCAUAAAUACAACAAGAAGGGCAUUGAGUGAUCACAUAGGUGAAAAAAUAAAUACAAUUCAGAUUUUGAGUGCAAAUGGUACUCACAAUGUAUUCAGUUCAAACAACCAUUAAACAACAUGGAAGCAGGAGACGUUGGACAAGAUUAAUGUAUCGUUUCGAAAUAUUUGGCACUUUAAUUAAAUGAGUUCAACAACCUGUAAUAAAUCUUGUGCGAAAUCAGAUAGAAUUGACCAAACUUGUCAUUGAAAUCGAUAUUUUUUACACUUUGUAGAUCUUCUAAGCAUAGCUCAAUGUACGCAAUGUUAUGCUAACCACUUAUCAUGUUUAUUUUAGCAAUAUUGAAUAACUAUGAUGCUCCGUAACGUCUUAUUUAGUAGUAGUACAUAUGAAGUCAUUAGCUUUUACCAGUUAAAGUUAGUUGUUCCUAUUCAGCUGUUAUUGUUCAUAAUACUAAAAAUCUUCCGAUCAAUUGCCUAUUCAGUUACAUACUUUCAACUGUGUUUCUCCAGUUAACUGAUUGCAUGGAACAAUUAGGUCCACUAUGCUGUGCUAACUGGCAAUGAGCAAAAAAUUCUCAAUACAGACAACUUCUGCGAACUCAUUCGCCCGACGAAGCAAUAAUAGCUUUGGAAACCACCCCUACAUUCUUUUACUUUUUUUAUUAAGAUACUCUAAUGAUAACUUACUUAUUAAGCAGAAGGACAUAAUAAAUUGUAUUUUCUUAUUCAAUAUUUGUAUAAGUUUUUUUUGAACGGUAUUGAUCUUCGAACUAAUUAUGUAAUUUACGUGCGUUAAGUUGGAAAGUACAAUUAUUUGUAAAGAAGUAUAUAUACAUUGCACACAAAACGCAAAUAUUUUAUCUUUAUAAUAGAAAAUAAUAAAAAUAUUACUCGUGGAUCAAAUAACUGAAAACGGAAUAAUUUGUUUCAUGAUGCAUUGCUCGUUUUACAGUAUGCGUAUGGUAAAGUAGUUGUCACGAUAACACAUAAAUAUUUAUCAGAUGGAUUGAUUAUUCAUGACGGUUAUAUACAAACACAAUACAUGAAACAUAGCUUAGAAUAUUGAAAUAAACAAAUGAUAUCAAACAUA